CAGUAGUAGUGGCUGCUGUUAUACUUGUCGUUAUACCGUAUGUUAUAGUAUAGGUGGUAUAGGGUAUAGAUGGUAUAGGUGGUAUAGGUGGUAUAGGUGGUACGAGGCAUAGAUGUAUGCUAUGGAUAGCUAUAUUCCUGGCUGUAGAUAGUAUUCAUUAGAUGUAGGGCUACGGCAUUCCCUUGUGAGAUUGUUUCCCCGGGUCGACAGCUGAUCGAACUUACUUAUUGUUCGGUUGACUUAUUGUUCCAACGAUCGUAUCACAAUAGCAGGGAAGAUUGUAGUGAUGAACGUGAUUGGUAUUGGGAUUAGUGACGGCAGACUUCGUGAUAUUGGUGGUGCCAAUGGUGAUAUUGGUGGUGCUGGUGGUGAUAUUGGUGGUGCUGGUGGUGCCAAUGGUGAUAUUGGUGGUGCUGGUGGUGGUAUUUGGCUUGUUGUGUAUGCAACAUUAGAUACACAAAUUCAAGAUUCUAAACAACAAACAUUAAUUACAUCCAAUAAUUUAAUUGAUUCAAAUAAUGAUGAUAAGUUGGACGCAGCUAUAAAUAACGAAAUACUGAAGUUGGGAGGAGGGAAAGAAGAGGUGAAAGAAGAGAGCGAAAUCAUUGAAAAUACCCAAGAAGAAAAGAUUGAACAAACGAUUGAAAAUAUCAAGAAUGUUGAUGACGGUAAAACCAAUGACCAAUUAAGUAAACCGGUUACGGCCAAUAACGACGAAAUAUUAAAUAAAAACUUUGAUCCUGCUAAAGAAUUAAUUGAAAUUAGAUCAUUAUCACCAAUGACAAUAUUCAGUAAAACUUAUUGUCCAUACAGUAAAAAAGUUAAAAAAUUAUUAUUAGAUAAUUACCAGAUUACCCCUCAACCAUCAAUAGUUGAAUUAGAUAAACAUAGUCAUGGUGCUGAAUUACAAGAGUAUUUAUCAGAAUUGACCGGAAGACAUACGGUGCCAAAUAUCUUGGUUGGUUCAACUGAAUCCAGAGGUGGUGCGGAUGAUUUUAUUAAAUUACAUGAACAAGGAAUCUUAUUAGAUUUAUUAAAUCAAUGGGGGGAAAAAGAUUUGGAUGUUAAAAAAGUUGAAACUCCAUCAAAUUCUUAAUUUUAAUGUACUAUUAACUGUAAUUUAUAAAAUACAC